UUUUCCCCUCUAGAAUAUAAGCCUUAUGAAGACAAGACUUUUAAUGAUGUUUCUCAGGAGUCUAUAGCAGUGCUGGCAUAUAAGAUAUUUGAUAAAGGUGAGUGGUGAACCUGAGAUAAAAUAUGGCUAAAAGCUUACUGAGUAAGUGGAAAAGGAAGAUGCGUGCUGAAAAGAGAAAAAAGAAUGCCCCAAAGGAGCUUAGCAGACUUAAAAGUAUUCUUAAAGUAGAUACUGAUGUUUUAAUGAAAGAUGUUCAUGAGAUAGCAACUGUGGUGGUCCCCAAACAUUCUGAAGAGAAAACCCAGUGUGUGGUGAAAGAUGACAAAGAUGACAUGAAAAUGGAGACUGACAUUAAGAGAAACAAAAAGACUCUUCUAGACCAGCAUGGACAGUACCCCAUAUGGAUGAACCAGAGGCAAAGAAAAAGGCUGAAGGCAAAGCGAGAAAAAGGAAAGGGGAAAAGCAAAGCAAAAGCAGCGAAGGCGGCUAAAGGUUUGGCCUGGUAGACUUUUAAACACUUGAAAAGUGCCACAGGGGACAGAUCUUUGAUUAGAAUGUAUACACCUAUUUCAGCUUCUGUCAAAUGAAAACCAUUUUUUAACUGGGCCUUUCUCUUCAAUUCAAACCCAACAUAACACCUCAAAUUUGUUUUAGGAAUUUGAAUAAAAUAUUUCCUUUGAUGAAUGAAAAAAAAAAAGAUAUU